AUUCUAAGGGGAAUUUGCAUUAAAGCAUGUGUAACUAGUACAACUGGCUCAGGUAGACUUCUAUCGUCCUCGUCUUCUUGAACCUGCAUCUCCUCUCAUACAGUAAUGUGCAUUUCCUCUGCUUUUAGUGAGGAGCUACUCACUAAUUUGCUCUUCUGAGAAAAUGCUGCCUCAUGGCUUAUGUUGUUGCUCUUCCACUUCCUACUGGAAGUCCCCUUCUUUAAUGGGCCAUUAAGAGGCAACCACGAUGGGUAAGCUGUCAGCUGAGGCUGAUUGAUUCGGUUAGGCCACAGAUGAGACUGAUCUGAGAUUCCUCUGUAGCUCUCAGCUAAAUGUCUUUCCUCCACCCCCACCCUCUUUCAGAGAGCAGCCACUGGCAGGGAGCAGAGGUGGAAAGCCUGGCUUCAAGCUGGAGAUACUGAAUGAAAAUGCAGUCCUCACACAGGUGGAGGGACACUCAGGAAGAAAAGUUUAGCAAAGGCGAGGAGCGUUUUUGGGCUCCUUGUAAAAGUGGGCCACCAGUCCCUGUGGUGAACGAUGCUUUUCUGGGGCAGGCUCGGUGAUGACGCUCACCCGGCCCGGAUUGGGAACAGACACCCUCGUCCAUCCUUUCUUCGGAGAAGGGUGCGGAAACAGUGCGGCUCGGAUACACACUGCAAUAAGGACCAAGCAGAGACAGACUUCAGGUCUGCUGUCCAUACAGCGGAUCCACAAAUUGAUCAUUGAUACCUUUCUUUGAGCAGGCCUAGGGGGUAAGAUGGGUGGAGCUGCCAUCUUCAGCAUGCUGGAGACCUGAGAAAAAUACUGCUGUACUGCUGCUGAGGACCUCUACCACCCCCACCCCACCAAUGACUUUCUACUGUGAACCGUUGAUUGGUGUGCCUCAAACUCUGUAAUGGAAAAUCGUGAUGAUGAAGCUGAGCAGCACCACAGCACAAUGGCGGGAGAGGGCGGCAGCACGGGGGACAGCACCCCUCCCCCAAAACGCAAGGGCAAGUUCUCUACCCUUGGCAAGAUCUUCAAGCCGUGGAAGUGGCGGAAGAAGAAAAGCAGCGACAAGUUCAAUCAAACUUCAGAAGAGCUGGAGAGAAAGAUGUCGACGCGGCGUACACGGCAGGAGCUUAUAGAGCAGGGAGUGCUGAAGGAGGUCCCGGACAACGACGCAGAUGCAGAGACACAAAACCUGAAGCAGCCCUACGUAAAGAAUGGCCACACUCUGCCUGUUAGCGCUGGGGUUGGAGGAGGAGGAGGAGGAGGAGUGGUCAGUAGUGGAAGGAGCCCUUGCAACCAGGGCAAACUCCCCUUAGAGUCGGACUUUAGGAUGAACCCGGCCUGGCUUACCCAGCCAGACGACCGUAGGGGCCGAUCUCCCUCUGACGGAGACCGCCGAGGUGCUCUGGGCUCCAGGGGCACCGGACUACACGAAGACGUGCGGAGAGGAGGGGGAGGGAUGGGGCCACGUGCACAUGUGGAGGGAGAGUGGAAGCCUAACAUGGUCUGGCACGGCCAGAUUCACAGCCAGAUGGACGAGGGCAGACGCGGGGGCCGGCUUCACCCUGAGGACGGGCAGAGGAAGCCUGGGCUGCAGAAGGCCCCGUCUGAGGACGGCAGGAGUCGUCGGCCUGCGGAAGCGGACUGGAAGCCGACGCUACCUCGACAUGCAUCUGCCGAAGAAGGUAGAGCCUGCAGAGAGUCAGACAGCCAUUUUGUCCCUGACCUAGAAGCCCUGCGGGAUACCCUGCGAGAACCUCUGCCUCCUAAACAGUCUGUCAUGCCUCCAAAAUGGCUGAUGAGCUCCACCCCUGAACCUGUCAACGAGGGUCCACCUCGCACCCCAUCCAACCACCCCACCACCCAGUACUCAUCUCCCUCGGCCGCAGCGUCUAAACCUGUUCGGUCCAUCUCCUCAGCGGGCGCGUCCACGCAGCAGUCCUCAUCUGCAGUCCCGACCUCCACCUCUCAGGCCACCAAGCAGCCCCCUCUGCCCCCGCCCAAGCCGGUGAACAGGGGCAACGCCGCCAUGCUGGUCUCCGCCCUGCAGGGGGGAGAGAACGCACAGCUUCCUCUCUACUGGUCCUGCUGGAAGCGAGAGUGCGACUAUGAUGUCUACCUGUCCCUGCCUGUCUACCUGUGCCGGCGGGCCGGAGGCCUGCGCUCAGGAGACCUCAACCAAGCCACGGGGGGUGCCAGCCUUGUUCCAGCCAAGCCUUCUCCACCAAUGCCUCCGAAGAGGACCACCCCCGUCACCAAACGCAACACAGAGGACUUGUCUGCUUCGAGCCAUCCCAUCAACCCUUCACCGCUUUCUCUGGAGGACCAGAGCAGCCUGUCCGUGUCCUUUCAGCUGCCUCCCCCUCCUCCCUCCCCACCCUUGCCAACACACAUACCGCCUUCUCCGCCCCGCCAACACAUACACACCCACCACCUUCACCAUCAGCACUCCUACCCUCACCCGCUCCCCCAACCUAUCCCCAUGCUAUUCGAUCCCCCAAGCCCCACCGAGUCCCCGCAGCGCCCAGCUCCUGUCCCGCUCCAUAUCAUGAUCCAACGAGCUCUGUCCAGUCCCGGCCCGGCUCAGCCACACCCAGACGGGUCACAGCGUGCGCACACUCUGCUUUUUGAAACCCCUCCGGAGUACCAAGGAGAUCGAGGUCGCCCUCUGCCCGUCAGCAUCCAACCACUAAAACUAUCUGAGGAUGACUACUCAGAAGAGGAGGAGGAGGAGGAUGACGAGGAAGAGGAGGAGUACGACGGGGAGAUCCCCCAGCCAGAACUUGAGCCGCGGAGUCGCAGGUGCUUGGUCGGCGACGCCGGUGUUUGCGUCAUCCCGGGGGGAAACAGCAGUGAGGAAGAGGAAGAGGAGGAGGAAGAAGAUGAGGAGGGAGAGCAUGACAUGCAUGGGGAGGACAGCGACUCAGACGGUCCUGUGCUGUAUAAAGAUGAAGACUCUGACGAGGAUGAGGAGGAUGAGCCCCCACCUAGUGCUCUGGCCAGCAGGGUCAAGAGGAAGGACACCCUGGCUCUGAAGCUGAGCAACCGUCCCUAUGCCCCAGACCGGGACAGGUUUACCCAGGAGAGGAGCACCAGAGAUGACCAGCCUCCAGGACAGACCGGCCUCACCUGGCAGAGCAGGGAGCAGUGGGAGGCCAUCCGCACACAGAUCGGCACAGCGCUCACAAGACGACUUAGCCAGAGACCCACUGCUGAGGAGCUGGAGCAAAGAAACAUCCUUCAGCCCAAAAAUCAGGCUGACAGACAAGCUGAGGUCAGAGAGAUCAAGCGGCGGCUGACCAGAAAGCUGAGUCAAAGACCCACAGUUGCAGAACUACAGGCAAGAAAAAUCCUGCGAUUCCACGAGUACGUGGAAGUCACAGAUGCACAAGACUAUGAUCGCAGGGCAGACAAGCCGUGGACCAAGCUGACUCCUGCUGACAAGGCAGCCAUCCGGAAGGAGCUCAACGAUUAUAAGAGCACUGAAAUGGAGGUUCAUGAAGAGAGCAGAAUCUACACGAGGUUUCAUCGGCCUUAGCGUCCCCCUCUUCUUUUAAUGAAGCACUUAACAUCUCCGUGGCAAGAAGCUGCUCCCUAUGCAGACAGAUCGUCCUUUCACGUUUCCAGAAUGUACUGUACAAUUUAUCAGGGAAAGCCUGGAAUUGACUCAAAAACAAAGAACGCUUCUCGCUUCCCUUCCAUCGCCCUCUCACUACAUUGCUUUCACUAAACUUGAGGUGGUGAUGGGUGAGCACCAGAUGCAGUAUUUCUCCCAGACAACAGGGGGAACCACGUGCCAAUGAAGUGGAGAAGUUUGCAGAGGACCUACAGUUAACAGGGCUGACUCUCACUCUGCUGUAAUGUGGUACCCCUCAGGGAUUCGGAACUAGUUAAAACCUUUAAUGCGGCCUCAUUCUGUGUUGCCUUUUUUUCCUUCUUUACUGUACAAGCUAAUUCAUCUUGUUAAUGUGAUAACAUACAAUAAUAAUAGUAAUAAUAAUGAUGAUGACUUACAAUACUCCACACAGUAAUAAUAGAUAAUAGAGACAAAUGGAAAAAGUGAGAGCGGGCUGGAGGAUGAAGACUGGGAUACUCUGUUAUAGGACUGGACAUCUCUGGGAUAUUGUGUGUUUUAUAUUAAUUGUGUACAGAUUGCUAUUGUGAUACCUUAGAAUGAAACCUGGAGAGAUCUAAUUACAAAAUAUUCUGUAAUGCACAAGAUAUUUUAUAUUGUAAUUUUGAUCACAUGAGUAGUGACAGCUUUUAUUUGAGCCUUUUUUAUUAUUAUUUGGCUUGCCUGUAUUUAUGGUUGUGAUGUGAGGUGGCCAUUUAAGCGUGAAUCUAUAUAUAGGAAAAAAGUGCAGGUCAAGGAGGCCGUUGGUGAUUUUAAAUGUGCCAACAAACCCAUUGCCUAAAGGACUAUAUAGGAUACUGGUUUUCAUAUCACUGAUUUCUGCAAUCCACUGCAUGAGCCAACACAGAUUCCAGUGCCACUGGAUCUGGAUAAUCUCUCUUCAUUUAUACUUUUUUUUAUGAGUUUUUGUACUUCCCUUUAAUCAAACAUGCAAUGCAUUUCUGUAGCCAUUUUGAAUAAGGUCAUGCUAGUAAUGUCUAUACUAAGAGUUAAAUGUAAGUUGCUGUGAGUGUAGAUCAGGGAUUUAUCAAAAAAAAAUCAGAAAACGGUCAACAGGGAGUCAUUUUGGCUGGAACUUUUUUGAAACUGCAGAAAUGUUUUAUCUUGUAUUGUCGUCUGGCCAGUAGCUUACAGGGUUCUCUAUGCUGUGUACAGGUUGAUAUAGGUUUAACUGAUGCUUGUGUAUAUCUUGUCUUCCUUUCAUUUGAAAAGAAAUUUUAAAUAUAAAAGUAUUAUAGGUUGCUAUUUUUUUAAGCACAGAAUAUUAGUUUAUGAUUAAAUGCUACAAGAAUGGGAAUAUGAAAGUGUACCUUUUCUGUAAAACUAAGUUCAUUUUUAAUUGAAUGUGGAAUUGUAUGGACUGACAGUUAUUUUCUUUUUAUUUGUAAAUAGUCACACCUGGAUCUAAUUAAAAAUCUUACAAUUCCUUGAA